AUGCUGUUGUGUGUGAUGAGUGUUAGCUUGAUGUUAAUGGUUCAUGAGACGUACAGCAACUCACUCGAUCUGUAUGUCACGAGCGAAUCUAAGAGAAAGGCUUUUAUAGAAAAGGGAAUCUAUUUACCUCGUACGUCCGACUCCUUGGUCAUUCCCCACGGCCAAUGUAGCGGCUUUAUUGAUGAGAGUCUUCUCUGCCCCUACCAAGACGCACUGAGUGUUGAGGUCGUUGCUAAGGACCACACCCCUUUCCCUGAGGUCCACGUCGGAGACGCUCUUCGUAACGCGACCGUCCUGCGAGCUCGCAACGAACUCGGCCGCUGUGAUAACGAUGCCGAGGUUGAGAUUUAUACAGCCUGUGUCUACGUUCAUGAACGCAAACGAAAAAGACGUUCCAUUAGGUUCUUACCCCCGGCUCCUGCUAUGGUUGAUAAUCAGUAG